CCGUCUUUCGAGGCUGUCUCAAGCCUGCAUUUUUAUCCGUCCGUCCUCGUCGUCCACGCACCAGGCGGCCGCAGGGCCCUCCAUCGGCAACCGACCUCGGCGUCUGGGGGUCUUUUCCGUGGUCGGCGCCACGAGUGCUCGGUCUGACGGGAACUUUGGUCCUGGGCUUGGCCUGUGCCGAAAGUAGCUUUCCAACAUCACCUCGAGCUGCCGUCUGUCCCCACGCCUUCUCCUCCAUCCGCGCAAUUGUGUUCUUCGCCAUCUCUCCCCUCCGGCGCGUUCCUCACUCCCUCGUAGUAUUCUCAACGUCCCUCACGCUCCUGCGCAAUGGCUCCGCUCCAGGACCAGGUCGUCGAUGACCUCAAAAACUUGGUCCACCGGCUGGAAUCGCGGGUGGCAGAACUUGAGGCCAAGCUCACGGGCGGCGAAGGCGGCUCGUCGUCAGCAAGCGGCGGAGUGCGCAUGAUUCUGAUGGGCCCGCCAGGUGCAGGCAAGGGCACACAAGCUCCGAAGAUCAAGGAAAAAUACUGCGUCUGCCAUCUCGCUACGGGAGACAUGUUGAGGGCACAGGUCACGAAGAAGACACCAUUGGGCCGGGAAGCCAAGAAGAUCAUGGACGCCGGCGGGCUCGUGAGCGACGAGAUCAUGAUUGGCAUGAUUAAGAACGAGCUAGAUACCAACGUCGAGUGCAAGAACGGCUUCAUUCUUGACGGCUUCCCCCGAACUGUAGCCCAAGCCGAGCGGUUAGACGACAUGCUUGAGGAGAAGAAGCAGAAGCUCAUGCACGCUGUCGAGCUCCAGAUUGACGAUGGCCUGUUGGUCUCGCGGAUAACGGGCCGUCUGAUCCACCCAGCCUCGGGCCGCAGCUACCACAAGAUCUUCAACCCGCCAAAGGAGGCGAUGAAGGAUGACGCCACAGGCGAGCCAUUAAUUCAGCGAUCGGACGACAAUGCGGAAACCCUCAAGAAGCGCCUUGCUACAUACCACCAGCAGACGUCGCCCGUGGUAGCAUACUACCAGAAGACGGGUAUCUGGAAGCCAAUUGAUGCCAGCCAAGAGCCAGGCCAAGUCUGGAAAAGCCUCCUCACGAUCUUUGAUGGCGACAAGCCCACAAUAGCAGGCAAGACUGGAAGCCUCUUUAACAAGCUGGGUCUCAAGAACUAGGUCAUUAUGUAAAGAGUGGGGUGAGCGGCGAGAUGGUGUGGAUCUAGGAGCUUGUAUCAAGGUGGGCGGUUGGGUGCAUUGCCUUUUAGUAGCGCAUAUCCAGGAUGGGCCGAGCAAAAGUUCUAUCUAUCUCGAACCGCGCCUUGGUCAAAGGGGGUGCACAUAGGUAAUGAUACGCGUCCUGUACUUGUAAAAUGAAUGGGCUGGCAUUUGGGUCUCCUAG